AUGUCUUCUAUUCUACCAUCCAUUCCCUCAAAUCCACUCCCAAAUUUCAUUGUGAUUGUGACCAAAGAAGAAUUUAACUUGUUUUACAGUGUUGAUCGACAACUCUUCACUCGUUUGCUGGUCGCGCUUGAUCGUGAGAUCUCUCAGUCAAUAAAUGUAAUGGCCUUCCUCAUGUGGCUUGAGAGGAAAUCCAAAUACUAUAAUUUAGUAGCAAAGAUUCUUCAACAAUGGUCGGAUGUUAUGCUUAGCAACCUUGCUGACGAGGCUGUUGUCAUCCUGAAUUGCAUUGGGAGUUCCCAUUACCCUAACACUUUUGUAGGCAAAUCGAAGUUGCCAUUGAUUCAACACAUCUGUCGUUUCAAUGUGACGCUUGAGUUUUUCCAUGAAAAACGCCUCGAAGUGAUCACUGGUGUCACCAAGAUCAUCAAUGAUGUAUGUGUUAGAGCUUUUACAGAUAUUAUUGAAAAAAUGAAUUAUGAUAGGACUAUGAAAGAGCAAGAUUUAUAUCUUGCAAAUAUGUAUGGGGAUGUUAAUAUUGCUAAUAACAUUCAAUCUAAUUUGGUGCCUUUUUCUCCUAAUGUUAUUCCAAUGAUGGAACAACAAAUAGAUGUGCCACAAGUUAAUGAAAUUUUGGCCAAUUUAAAUUUAGAUGAUAUUUAUAUUUCUGAUACUGGAAUUGUUACUUCUACUGAUAAUGGGGAUGAUAAGAGGAAGGAGAUCAAGAAGCUAGUUGAUGAUAGGACCCUCUUCAUGACAUUUUCUAAAGGCUAUCCUAUUUCUGAGAAUGAAAUUAGAGAAUUCUUCACAAGGAAAUUUGGAAAUAUCAUUGACAACCUGAUAAUGCAAGAAGUGAAUCCACCAAAGCAAUCAUUGUAUGCUCGUCUUGUUGUUCGUCCUGAGGCUAUGGAUGUAAUUGAUCAUUUCCUUGACUACAAUUCAAGAAUGAAAUUCUCCAUUAAUGGAAAGCAUGUUUGGGCUAGAAAAUAUAUUCGCAAGCUACCACUUCAAGAUGUUGGGACAUCUCAGUAUUCUCCAUGA